UAUAGCGUCCGUCACACCUGACUGGGUUAAACACAGGGUUAAAAUACUCCGUCCGCCGUGACUUGUUUUUCAGCUGCUGUUUCAGCGACAACAAGAAAUCAAAGGUUUCGUCAUAUAGCAACAAUUGCUAUGGGCGGUAACGGCUUUCUUUGAUCCUUUGUAUUUGGCCCCGCCCCUAGCGUUCUCAAGGGUCUUAAAUAGGACUAAGCGCAGCAUAACUGAACUGACGUUUAGGGAGGGAGGAAAAAACUAAAUACAUUUCAGAAAGUUACUGAUACGAUAAGUCAAAAUAAGCCAUAAUAGUCCAAAUAAAAAUAGCCAACAUGCUCGAAAAUACUAAUAGUACAGAAAUUAAGGAAGUGACAGCGGAAAUCGUCCUCCCUCUUAUCCGGUCAUUUUUCGAUCAGAUAACAUGUAAACAGUGGAAUUCACUAAGAUCAGGAAAUCCUGAUUUUGCAACAAAAAUUCUCCUGGCCGAGUUUAUUGUGGACUUAAUAGAAAUAAUACGUAAUCAUAUCGUACAUGCAUGUAAAAAAGCAAACAUUCCAGCGACAGAGGAGGAUCUGUUAACCUUAUUUACUGACAGCGUCUCUCAGGCCUUUGCAAAUGUUCUGCAAGUCAAGGACGGAGACCAUACAAGCAGCUCUGUGGAACUAACUGAUCUUAUGGUAAAAGAGGUUGUACAGAGUUUUCAGUCUGCUGACAGCGAGUCAGCUGGGGAGGAAAGGAUAAGUCAGCGCAUUGUUCCUCCAAAAAGACUGGAGGAAAUGGUUAAUUCUGCCGUCCAAAUGAUCAGAGGGUUUUGUUCUAAAUUAGACUGUAUGCCCUCAUGUAAAAGGCGGACAACAAGUCCAGACGAAGAACCACAUAGUUCUACACAGGUAGGACAUCUGGACAUUAAAGUAGACCUAGAGAAUGUUCUAGAGAAAGUAGUAGGCAAAGAACAAGAACAAGAAAUGCAUGUAACUGGCCACAAGGACAGCUUAAAGACUGAAACCUCUGAAAUUGUGCGUGCAGUUAUCCAUGAGGCUGUCAAUGAACUCAGUGAGAUUAUUGACGAGGAACUGAUUAAACUCGCCGAAUAUAGCCCACUUCUAUCUGAUAUUGCUGAAGAGAAUGAGAGUUUUACAUCCAGUCUUGCUAAUUCAGUGGUUGAAGAUAUUUCAGAAGGGCCCUGUGGUUCUUGGAGUCUUGCACAAAUCAAAGAGAAAAUUCAGCAGUCAUUGAAAAAAGCUGCUGAUAAGAUUAAGUCAUUCUUUGCAAAACGUUUUGCAAAAGUAAUGAUUCUUCGCACUGCCAUACAACUGUGGAGCAGAUGCCACAGCACACCCGCUGCUAAAAGCAGUGAGUCAGUGCAGAAACUGGUUGAACAUGUCAACUCUCUAAUUACAAAUAAGGAAACACUGGAGAAAGAGAAAAAUGAGUUCAAAAGAUUACAAGAUUGCCUUUCACAGGGUAAAUUACUGGUGUUUACAGAAUUACUUACAGAUAUUCUGCACCAAUAUACCUCGGAAGGCACGGGACCUGAAAUUGUCCCAGAGCAAGUCGUCAUGGCAGAAAGACAGAAGAUUCUGCAUAAUGAUCUGCAAACUAAAGCAAGGCGCUUCUUGGGACUAUUCAGAUGGUGGUUAAAUACCCAGGCAGAGAGCCAUAGCCAAAGAGUCAUACUGGCUCUGUUAGAUAAGCAGGAACUCAUGUUAUCACUGCCAUCAGUUACCACAGAAACUAUAAAACCCAGCCCAGUGGCAGAGUUUUAUUGUAUAGCCAGAAAAGCAGAAAAAAAAGCAAAGCUUAAGCUCAUCCUGCACAAGCUCAUCUCUACAACCUUUAAAGAGGCAAACCUGCUCUGCACAUAUCAAGACCCAAAUCACAUCCUCACUUGGCUCUUGGAUUAUGUAUGGGCAGAACUGGAAGAUGAAGAGCUUUAUAUUACAUCCAAAACUUUUAAAACAAUUGACAAAAAACUUCUGAAAGACCUCUGCAACACCAUGGGCUUUAUAGAACGUGUUAUAGUGUCAAUGGAAUUACAAGAAAGUGAAACUGCAAAAUGCAUUGUGGCAAGUUUAAAAGAUCGUCUGGGAAACCAAAAGCGAAGCGUUCUGCCAUUGUCAGGUGUGGCAGGCAUCAGGUAUCUCACUCUCUUCCAGAAGCGAGAGUUCCAUGCUGCAGCGCCUCCAGAGCCCUCUGGCCACUUCAAAGGGGCACUCUUACGAAUCAGGUGCUGCAAGCCCGGGGGAGACUGUGUGACCACCCAUGGCUCCAAUACCAUUGUGAAGUUUGCUGAUGACACAGUGGUUUUGGGGGCCAUCUCCAACAACGAUAAGGCGGCCUACAUGGAUGAAGUGAAGAAUCUGGCAUCGUGGUGCCAGGACAAACCACCUCCAGCUGAACGUCGGCAAGAUGAAGGAGCUGGUGGUGGAUUUCAGAAGGAGUAA